AUGCAACAUCGAAAACAAGCCGCAAUGGAAUCAGCUUUUACAGCGUUCGACAUGCAAAGUUCUUCAUCCUCUUCGCAGGAAGAAGAAAAUUCCGCCGAUAACAUUUCUGUUAGUAAUCACUCUCCACCGCACACUCCUCCACCGCACACCCCUACUUCGCCAAAUGCUGUUGUUAACAUGCCACGUUCACGAGCUCCGGCUUCACUUUGGAUUGAACCCACCACAGACAAACCAUUUUUUAAUGAACAUUUAAAUUUCUCUCCUUCACAACAAAGAUCAGCGUUUUCGAUAAUAUUCAGCAACGUUUAUAAACAGACCGUAGACCAACUUGUCAAUUAUGGGCUAAUGCCAAUUUCACCACAUCCCAUUACGGCAACGAUCGCUGAUGAUCUUGUUACGUCCCCCUACCCAACCACUUCUUCUUGCGCCCUGGACGAGAACACCUUCUUUCCGCCAAAUUCUGCGCAUGUGCCAGAUUGGACAUACGCGGCUGAUUACGUUGUACCUUCUCAAUCUCCGACAUCAUCUUCAUCAUCACAUGUUGUAACUUCACCAACUUCGACAGAUUAUAUGCCUUGGAUUACAUAUGAUAAUUCUCAAUUUAUUGAUCCCAUACAAAAUAUCACGAAUAUUCCAAAUAUUGUUCCAGAUGAAACCAAUUGUAAUUUAUUUACAGAUACAAAUAAUGAUGAUUGUGCCUUAUUUGAUAAUUUUGAUACGAAUCUUAAUUUUUCACUAUAA